GUCCCUCCGCGCGGCCCGUCGUCGGGCGCCGCGGCGGGAAAAUCUGAGUGCGCCGUCGCGGUCGCUCUCUUUAUGAGCUCGCACGCCUGCUUGGGGCGGCCGCCGGGAUGGAGGAAGACGAGGGGACUGAUGAGCAGCAGCAAUUCUCCUAUCAACAGAGGCUGAAGGCAGCGGUCCACUACACUGUGGGCUGUCUUUGCGAGGAGGUGGCCUCAGACAAGGAGGUGCAGUUCAGCAAACAGACCAUCGCCGCGAUCUCGGAGGUGACCUUCCGACAGUGUGAAAAUUUUGCCAAAGACCUCGAAAUGUUUGCAAGACACGCGAAAAGAAGCACAAUUAACACCGAAGAUGUGAAGCUCUUAGCCAGGAGGAGUAAUUCACUGCUAAGAUACAUCACAGAGAAAAAUGAAGAGAUCGCUCAGUUUAACCUGGACCGAAAAGCAAAGAAGAAAAAGAAGUUAGAGGAUGAAAACAAAAAUUCAGUGGAGCCAGCAGAGGAAAGUGAGACUUAAACUCUAUCACCGUUUGGAAAAAGUGGCCUUCAGCAGGUAGAGCCACCAAAACACAUAUUGCCACACAGGGAAUUUUGAAAGGAUAAGUGGAGAUUAAAAAAAAAAAAAAAUGGCUAAGAGGC